AUGGCGCUUCGAACGAUGGACCCCCGGACGACGUCGCGAUCGCGAUACCUCGGAUUCGGGACGUGCGCGGCGGUGCGAGGGUGGACGACGACGCGCGCGCGGGGCGGGACGUUGACGGCACGGGCGAAGAGUGCGUCGUCCGAGCUCAGGCUCGAUCGAGGACGAGGACGGGACGGAUGCGACGGACGAAGAAAGACGGAGGCGUUGGUGAGCGUCGAUCUCGGACCGUCCGUGGUCUUGGGUUCGUCGCUCAUGGUGAGCGCGGUGGCGCUGUAUCAAGUGCGCGCGUCCAGACCCGAGGUGUCGAGGGACAAGGACGUCUUCUUUAGCUCCAUAGGAUUGCUCUGCGGCGGUAUCUUGAUCUUCCAGGGGUGGCGAUUAGAUCCUUUGAUGCUAUUCGGACAGCUCUUGACCACGGCGACGGCGGUGGCGUUCGCGACGGAGACAAUUUCUCUACGACAAGAGCUCCUCAACGCCGAGGACGCGGGCAAUUUAGGGGGACGACCGAGAGGUGGAAGGGGUCGAUCCGGAAGAAGACCGCGACGAAUGCAGUCGCUUCCGCCCGUGAGCGAUCGAAACGUGGAUUACGGCGCUAGGCGCGAGUAUGGACGCGAAGAUGCGGUGGACUUGGAGGCGAACGUGUACGACGCCUCCGCCGGGGUCGGCAAUAAUCGAGCCUCCUCUUCCGCGUACGGUGGACGAAGAGGCGCCAUGGACGAUCGCUACGACGACUAUAACGACAUUCAGGACGGUCUCGACGCGCUCGAUGGUGAUUUCGCAGACGAAGAGAGCCCGUAUCGCGACGGUUUCCGAACCGCCACCGGUGAAACGCCGCCCGCGCCUCGACCGUCGACCGGAAAGAAUUGGGAGAGCGACGAUUGGGAUUUCGAGUAG